UUUUGAUAAUUUCCCAAAUCCCAUUUAGCCGAGUAACAAAUUCAAACAACUCUAUUUGGUUUUCAUUGUUCAUCUGGUUGCCGCAGAGAUGAGAUCUUCACCGAUGGAGUUCUUUGCGGAGCUGGAAGAACAGGGAUCUACGGUUGCCAUGGACGUCGACGAUGUAGACCCACUUGAGAUAUUGGGCGAGGGUGUGAUCUCCGCCGAGAACAAGCUCGCCGACGCCGAUUUCUUCAACUCCUUCGAGGAUGAUUUUGAUGACUCUGACAUCAACUGAGAUUCUUUUUCGUGGUCUCCUUCAAAACGAGUAGUUAAUUUCCCAAUUCUAUGUUCCUACUUCUCUUGAUCAAACAAAGUUGAUAGAUCCUACCAUGCCCUAGUUUGUUUCAGCCUUUAGGGAUUUCACUGCUCUAUUUGCUUGGUGAUAAGUUGAAUACUUUUGACAUGGUUUACUUUCUGAAUUACUUGAUUGGUUAUUUCAUAGUUUCUUUUGUCUCUCAAGCAUUGUGGUUAGCCUUGUAAUUUUUGUCAUUAGUUGCAAAGAAAACUAAGGGGAAUGUGUUUAUAUAUAGCAGAAAUGUGAGAAACUGUGUACUUUGCUGUGAUGUUUACCACAUAAUUUGAGAGUGAUUUUGCAAUAGUUAAAA